AACGCAUAAACAUUGAGAUGGGUUUCGGAGGAAUGUAUUGCGGGUCAAGAGUGUCGUCACUCAUUUUCGAUCAGUCAAAACAAUGUUUUCAACGAAUAUAUGGUUGAUGUCUCUCAGGGCGUGUCAAAGUCAGGCUGCGCCGUGACUGACAUCACGGCACCAGCAAGACAAGCAGUUGUUGCUGGUGCUGCUCGGCACUGAGGCCACGCUACAAAAGACUUGUUGACAACAUUUUCCCCGUCAAUCCUCAGGAUGGACUCAUUAAGAACAACAUGGAAAAGCUCACGUUUUAUGCUUUGUCAUCUCCUGAAAAGCUGGAUCGAAUUGGAGAAUAUCUAUACCAAAAAGCAGCAAGAGAUAUUUAUCGGAGACGAAAUGGGCUUGUUGUGAUUGCAAUGGAGGCGAUGGAUCAGCUUCUCCUUGCAUGUCACGGUCCUACUUUGAAUCUUUUUGUUGAGAGCUUUCUCAAAAUGGUACAAAAACUGUUAGAGUCAACUGAACCUCAGUUGCAGAUUCUUGCCACACAAUCCUUUGUACGAUUUGCAAACAUUGAGGAAGACACACCAUCUUACCAUCGUCGGUAUGACUUCUUCGUCUCCAAAUUCUCAGCUAUGUGCCACAGCAAUCACACAAAUAGAGAAUGGUGUAAUAAGAUAAGACUAGCAGGAAUACGUGGCUUGCAGGGUGUUGUCAGGAAAACAGUUUCUGAUGACUUGGUUGAAAAUAUUUGGGAACCAGUUCAUAUGGAUAAAAUCAUGCCGUCCUUGUUGUACAAUAUGCAGAAUACCAGAUAUCCAGUCAGCCAACCAGACAGCCCAGCUCCACAUGGUGAAGAAGAUCGUCAGGAUCCUCCAACUUUGGCUGAAACUUGCAUGCGCGAAUUAGUUGGGCGUGCAUCAUUUGGGCACAUCAAAAGUGUUUUGAGGCCUGUUCUCAGGCACUUAGACCUUCACAAACUGUGGGUGCCAAAUGAAUUUGCGAUUCACAGCUUUAAAAUCAUCAUGUUUUCUAUUCAGUCACAAUACUCCUACACUGUGGUGGAAACACUUAUGGCACACUUAGAUGACAACUCUACUUCUAGUCCAGAAAUUCGCACCAGCAUUGCUGAUGUCUUGUCAAAAAUAAUUGCAAUAGCUGCGGGCGAGAGCGUUGGUCCUUCCGUCUUGGAAAUCAUCAAUUCUCUUUUGAAUCACCUUCGAGUGUCUGUAAGCAAACUAGCAAAAGCAGAAGACUCAGCUCGCCACAAACUUGCAAGCAAGGAAGACUCAAACCAUGAAAAACUGUAUCAAGAAGCUUUGAUCAAUGCCUUGGGUGAAUUUGCAAACCACCUCCCUGACUACCAAAAGAUUGAAAUAAUGAUGUUCAUCAUGUCAAAGGUCCCUCACUCAGAGCAAGAAGGCGAUGUGCUUCUUCAAAGUAUGCUUCUGAAAUCUCUAUUGAAAGUUGGCACAAAGUACCAGACCAUCCAGUUGAAUCAAGCUUUCCCAGUAGUUUUCCUGGAACGGCUCCUAAGGAUGAGUGGUGGACCCAAUCCAGAUAUGCGACUCUUGGUCAACAAAAUUCUUCACACAUUAUUAGAUCGUCAUCAUAAUUUGGACAAACUGCUGAAACCAACGGUUGAUGUGGAUAGUUUGAAGCUUACAAUUACCAAAUCUUCUCGGUUGGAUGCAAUCUUUAUCCGGAAGCAUGGUGGUGACUUUUUCCUGACACUGUAUGAAAGUCUGGAGCUUUCAAGCAAUACAGUUGAGACUAUUGAGGCAGCUUACACCACAACAGCUCUAAUUUGUAUUGAACUUGUUUGUGAAGAAUCUGUUUGUGAUCUACUCCGCCUUAUUAUGAGUAUUCAAGAUCUUGCCUUGACCAGUUCAAAGUUGUCUCUGCAUCAGAAAUAUCAACUGCAUGCAAUUGUAGCAUCACUGCUGGUGCUCGUGCCUUAUUGUGUGCCUUUGACAAGUCUUCAGUCUUAUGCUGAUAAGAUAAUUGCCACACGUAUUGCCAAAGCUCCAUAUCUUCUUCCUCCUUUGUCAAGGGAGUAUGAGUCAACUGUAGUUCCUGCAGGGGAAGUUCUCCUUGACCAGGCUCAAAUUACCUCAUGUCUUGCUGAUGCAGGCCUUGAUGCCACCCAGAUUUCUCGGCCUCAUGCAGGGAGUCUGCAACAUCGACACUCUUGGGUGGACAGUGGCAUGGGCGCUAGUUCUACCGAAAUGAAUAUGGAAGUGGACAGCGUCUCAUCAUCUCCAGGAGUUGUGAAGAAAUUCCCUGAGGAGGAACUUACGUUUGAAUCUCUGAAAAGAAUCCUAUCCCCUGAAAAUGUGGAAUCCAAAAAGGAAGCAGAAGAAGAGAUGAGGCUCCGUCUGUUUGAAACUUAUCGCAAUGCACCUUUCACAGAACUGGUGCGACAAACUGAAGCAAGGGGUGAUGUUCUCAAUGAGCGGCUGGAUCAACUACUCAAAAAGCUGGCAGCUAAGCAAAUCCCUCGUUACUUGUCGGAGCGAAGAGAUGUUGAGCGAGAAAGGGAUCGUGAAGAAGACCAACGAUCUGAGGAAGACAGUGAAGAAGAGAGGGAUCGCUUUGGCAGUCAUUCUCCACAUGGCCAUAGCAGAUCUCAUAGUAGUGACAGAGAGAUUCAGCUCCCUCCUGCACCUCAACCAUUGUAUGAGUCACUCUUCCCUGAGUUGUUUGUGUAUUAGUUCAGUUCCUUUCACAAGUAGAAUAUGUAAUGAAUUUUAGAAGUAGAUCAGAAGAAAAUUAACAAAGAAACUUUUUCUUACAUCACUUCUGAAAUGUACAAAACACUCUGUUCUCUACCUGAAUAUACAUUAAAUAUCACAGUUCAAACAUAAUAUGUACAGCAAUAAUACUGGUACAAGUUGCUUUGUUAUGAAAAUGAGUUUUUGUAGAAGUUUUGUUGUUAUUUCAGUAUAUUCUAUACUGAACUCAGGAUAGAUAUAAUUUUUAUAGUUAAAUUACAGGAAUGGAAUAAACUUUAUUUGUAAGACCAUCCCAUUUUGAUAAACAAAUUCUGUAGAUACUACAACUUAAUUAGAUAUGCCUGUUUAAUUUCAUGUGCUUAUCUGAAUGUGAUUACAUGUAUUAAUAUUCAAUCUCUUUGUUUCUGUACUCGGAGAGUAUUUGUGGUGAACUUCUUCUAUGGUUAUAUUUAAGUAUUGUUCUAAGUACAGUGUGGAAGUUUCAUCAACAUUUCUUACAUGAAAUGUGGCUUUUUGAAGAGCAUUUAUGUAUUGUUGAUUGUUCAGAAAUUUAUGUGACAAUAAGAUAUUGCAUAUAGUAUUGUCUUAACAACUUGAACAGAUGUUGUCACCAACAGCAUAUGCAAAGCAGCAUAUGUUAAUGGUACAUGUGUAAAUAGUAUUUUAAUGUUGCUCUGGUUGGGAUUUUCAAAUUUUAUCUUGUGUGUAAGUAAAUGAUGCCUGCCAUCUAUUUUAUUUUGGCCUCUCUGCUUUUUAGUGUACGGUGAACAAAACAUUUUACUAGCUCCUCUGGUUCAAUCUUGAAGCUGUGAUAAAUGGAUAUGACAGAAGGUAUGGAUGAUGUGACACAGAGAACUGGUGCUUUACCUCCUUUUAGAGAAAAGCAAUCUUCAGCUCUCUACAAACUGUGAACAUUUGUUAUUUUUUUGUAAGUCUGUGUAUCACAUUCAAAUUUCACUCAAAUCCACAUUUUUCAGAUCUUUUUUCUUCUUACCCCUCUAUUGAGACUAUUAAAUAGACUUGUUAUUGAUUUUGAGCAUC